UAUCACACGUUUAAAAUGCCACUGUGUUUGUUUAAGAUUUUGUUCGUGUGAAAUUACAUUAAAAACGGGCAGUUGCACAUUUUUAUGUCAAAAAAUAGGAAAUAUAAAUUUUUGGUUUUGACAAAAAGACAGAUGUCGCUGCGCUCACUUAACCUCAAAAUUUUGUUUACUGUCUGCAAUUUUGAAAGGUUCAAUUUUUUGUUUAAAAAAUAUGGAAAGUGACAAAAGUGACAUUUAUGACAAUUUGCCACCCACUAUCGACUUAUCUGACGAAGUUGAUAAGCUACAGCAACAAAACAAUCAACUUGUGGAUCACAUCAAGUCAUUGGAGGCCGAUAUCGAAAAACUAUGUGCAACAAUAAGGGAAAUGAAAAAGACGCAAGACAACUUGUCGAAAAAUAUAUCAGAACUGUUCAAAACCGCCAAAACUGAGAUUGAGAGAAAGGACAGGAUUAUCAGUGAUUUGAGGGCAGAGUUGGAUCGUUUCAAGUCUGUGAAAAAGCCCAGUUUUCCUUUCAAACGUGAGAGGGAUAACAGCCCCAGUGUUCAUAAAUUUGUGGAAGAACCAGCUCCCAAAAAAGUGAGGACUGAACGUGACGUUAAAAAGAGGCCAAGAAGUCGUUCGCGGUCUAGAGACAGGUCUAAGUAUUCCCAUAAAGAAAACAGCAAAAGCCAUCAUAAUCGAGACUUGCAUAAGAAGCACUCAAAUAGCGAAAUUAACCACAAAACGCCAUCCACUAAAGCGAGACAUGAAAGUACCGAAAAAAGAAAGGAAGACAAAGAAGCAAAAAGCACAAAAGAUGGAGCUGCAAAAGAAAUUAAGAAAAUAGAGAAGAGUGACAAGCAAGAAAAGAAAUUUGAGGAAAAUAAUAACAAACGUUUAAUGGUAAAAAUUGAUAAAAUAAAUGCAAGUGAAGUCGAAAUCGUGACAAGUAACAGAAAUACAGAAGAGAAAAACAGGGAUGAUAAGCAAGAAAAGAAGGUGGAAGAGGAUUUGAAGAAAACGGAAGAAAGCAAGGCGCAAAAUACAAAAGGAGAGAAAAACAGUGAAGAAAAUAUUAAAAAGAGUCUAAGUGAAAAAAACGUAAAUAACGUGGAAGUGGAAACAUUAGAGAACAAAACAAAGACACCGACAAUUGAAGACAAAACAAUAAGUGAAUUGAAAGUUGCAGAAGAAAUGAAAGUACAGAAGAAUGAGAAUCAAGAAGAAACAAGUUCCAAUAAUACAAAAAAUACAGAUGAGAAAAACAUUAGCUUACAAGAAAAUAUUAAAAAAAAAUCCACGGUAAAAGUUCACAAAAACACAUCAUCUCGUAAUGAGGAAGUAAAAAAAUCAAAGAUCCAAACAAAACCGAAAAUUGCGGAAGAAAUGAAAAUAAAGCAAAAUGAAAAUCAAACAGGUUCCGAUAAUAUAAAUGAUUCUGGACAAAAAAUUGCCUCACAAGAAAAUACUAAAAAAAGUGCUAUUGCAAAAGUUUACAAAAACAUAUCGUGUAAUGUGGAAGUAAGAAAAUCAAAGCCCCAUGCAGAUAAACCGAAAAUUGUGGACGUAACAACUGAGUUAAAGGUUGCAGAAGGAGAAACGCAAGUAAAGAAAAAUGAGAAUCAAACAGAAGAAACAACUUGCAAUAACACAAAUGCGAAAAAAAUUGACGCGCAAGAAAAUAUUCCAAAAAAUUUGAGCGUGGAAAUAAAAAAAUCAAAGGUCAAAGCAAAUAAACCGAAAACUGAGGACGUAAUUAAAAGUGAGUUAAAGGUUGCUGAAGAAACGCAAGACAAGAAAAAUGCGAAUCAAACCGAAGAACCAAGUUGUAAUAACACAAAUGAGAAAAAAAUUGAGGUGCAAGAAAGUAUCCCAACAAAUUUGAGUGUGGAAAUAAAAAAAUCAAAGGUCAAAGCAAAUAAACCGAAAACUGAAGACGUAACUACAAGCGAGUUAAAGGUUGCUGAAGAAACGCAAGUACAGAAAAAUGAGAAUCAAACAGAAGAGCCAAGUUGUAAUAACAUAAAUGAGAAAAAAAUUUACUUGCAAGAAAAUAUUCCAAAAGAUGUGAGUGUGGAAAUAAAAAAAUCAAAGAUCAAAGCAAAUAAGCCGAAAAUUGAGGAUGUGACCACCAAAUUAAAACAAAAAUUGGGCGACGGAGCACAAAAUGAGGCGGUUUUUUGCGUUUUGAAUGAUUUAAACAUUAGUAGCGAAUCUGUUGAUGAAAAAAUGAAUUGCUUCGCAACGCCAGAAUUUACGGAUAACACCGUGAUUGCGAAAGAAUUGGAUAAUACUCAAACCGACAAGAAAGAAACAAUAAUUGUGGACCUAACUUUGGAUCACACUGAGGAAGAAAUACCAGCUAAGGAGUGUAAGAAAAGCACAGAAAAGGCCAAAGUUGUGACAGGAUCGAAGAAAAUCAAAGACAGUGCUCCGAGAAAAAGGCAUUCCACUGGCAAGAAAGAGAAAACGGAGGAAGACACAGUCCAUAAAAAAGAGAUAAAGGAGAAAAGGCUUUCAGGUGGAAAGGAAAAACCGGAAUCAAGUCGUAUUUUACGAAGCGCCACGAAGAAGAAAUCCAAUGAAAACAUCCAAGUGCCUGGGGAAAAUCAUGCAAAAGAGAAAACUUUGUGCCCUUCCGAUUUAUUCAACAGUGAUGGUUGUGUUAACCUAACGGACGAAGGGGAAAUACCCAUUUUACACAUAUCGGACCCGGAAAACCCCCAAAACGAGCAACAAUGUACUUCAACGCCUGUCAGGCCAACGCCUCUAGAAAUGCAAUUUUUGGAAGACUUGCAUCUUUCGAUAAGUGGGGAUAAAGUGUCGGAAACAAAUAACGGUGAACAGAAAACUCCCAAUACGUCUUCCGCGAAGAAACGGCGCAGGGUCGUUGUUACCAUGAUUGAUUAAUCCAUUUUAUUGUAAUAAAAACUUUUAUUUUGGA